AUGUACUUUUUCCUCGCCACCCUGUCCUUUGCAGACAUCUGCUUCACCUCCACCACCAUCCCCAAGAUGCUGUGGAACAUCCAGACUCAGAGCCAAGUCAUCACCUAUGCUGGCUGCCUCACACAGAUGUACUUUUUCAUACUCUUUGGUGGUUGGGACGACUUUCUCCUGACUGUGAUGGCCUAUGACCGCUUCGUGGCCAUCUGUCACCCCCUGCACUACAUGGUCACCAUGAACCCUCGGCUCUGUGGACUGCUGGUUCUGGUGUCCUGGGUCAUCAGUGUUCUCAAUUCCUUGUUACAGAGUUUAACGUUGUUGCGGCUGUCCUUCCGUGCAAAUGUGGAAAUCCCCCAUUUUUUCUGUGAAUUCAAUCAAGUAGUUGGGCAGGCCUGUUCCGACACCUUCCUU